UUGUAUCAAAGUUGUCCAAUCAUAUAUUUUCCUUUUGUGACUAAUUUUGUGACACCAAACUGAUUCAUGUAUAUAAGAACGCUAAUUUCACACUCACCUAUCCCUUACUCCUAAACUAAACACGCACAAACAAGCAAGUACUUUAGCAUCAUCAAGUAGUCCCACCCCACCCCACCGCACCGCCGACAUGGACCACCAGCCUCACAUACUCCUCGUAACCUUUCCAGGCCAAGGCCACAUCAACCCAUCCCUCCAAUUCUCAAAACGCCUCAUAAAAAUGGGUGUCAAGGUCACCUUAUUGACUGCCUUCUCUGCCCUCAAUCGCAUGACCAAAGCCAUCCCAACCCCACAAGGCCUAACCAUUCUAGGCUUCUCCGAUGGCUACGACGACGGUUUCAAACCCGGUUACGACCGCCUUCACUUCUUCUCCGAGCUGACUAAACACGGCUCACAAGCAGUCACAAAUCUCAUCACAGAGAGCUCCAACAAUGGCCGACCUUUCACACGUCUCGUCUACACUACCCUUCUCCCCUGGGUAGGUCAAGUGGCACGUAGACUAAACUUCCCUUCCACAUUUCUUUGGAUUCAACCAGCCAUCACUUUGGAUAUCUAUUACUAUUACUUCAAUGGUUAUAGUGAUGAUAUUCAAAAAAAUGGAAAUGAUUCUUCGUGGUCGAUUGAGUUACCGGGACUUCCACCACUCUCUAGCCGUGACCUUCCUUCGUUUUUACUCCCUUCGAAUCAGCUCGCUUUCGCAGUUUCUUUGUUCAAAGAACAUAUUGAGUUUCUUGAAGCAGAAACAAAUUCAACAGUACUCGUGAAUUCAUUUGACAAGUUGGAACCAGGGGCUUUGCGAGCAAUUGAGAAGCUUAAUUUGGUUGCGAUUGGACCCUUGAUUCCUUCUGCUUUCUUGGAUGAGAAGGACCCAUCGGACACUGCUUUUGGGGGUGAUCUCUUCAAAACAUCAAGAAAUUGCAUUGAAUGGUUGGAUUCGAAGGAGAACUCAUCUGUGGUGUACGUAUCAUUUGGAAGCGUUUGCGAGUUGUCGAAGAACCAAAUUGAGGAGAUUGCACGCGGCUUGUUAAAAAGUCAACGACCAUUCUUGUGGGUGAUCAGAGCGACAGCAACGAAUAGUGAGAAUGAAGAAGAACAUAAAUUGAGCUGCGAAGAGGAAUUGGAAAAACAAGGGAUGAUAGUGCCGUGGUGUUCUCAAGUGGAGGUUCUUUCGCACCCGUCUUUGGGAUGCUUCGUGACUCAUUGUGGGUGGAAUUCUACGUUGGAGGGCUUGGUUUGCGGGGUUCCUGUGGUGGCGUUUCCACAGUGGUCUGAUCAAGCAACGAAUGCGAAACUUAUUAAAGAUGUGUGGAAAACAGGGGUGAGGGUGACUGUGAAUGAAGAAGGGGUAGUCGAAGGUGAAGAGAUUGAGAGGUGCAUAGAGAUGGUGAUGGAAAGUGAAGAAAUGAGGAGGAAUGCUAAGAAAUGUAGAAUUAUGGCAAGGGAAGCUGUCAAGGAAGGUGGAUCUUCGGACUUCAAUCUUAAGGCUUUUCUAAGUGAGAUUGGAAUCUAGAUGGUUUACUUGAUACAUGUGGGAAUGGUGUAUUUUGUUUGGGGUUUGGCUUCUUUUUAGUUGCCCAUCUUAACGUGCGAAUAUUUGGGUUUGGUAGGUGUAUUUUGAGACUUAGGCCAAGUUUGGGAAGACUAAAAAAGUGUACUUUUUGUCUUUUUGGACUAAAAAAUUGAGGUUGAAAAUAUGGAUGUUUGGGUUAA